AUGGCCAUGUCGCCAUGGAUGUUUCUUAUGCUCUUGCGGCUGAGUGCUGGAAACUUUCAGGUGAACUCUGGCAGUGAGAUGCGUUUGCCUCCUGUGGGGGCGCCGGGCGCGAACGCGGUGAACUUCACGAUGUAUUUGUCCGACCUGAAAGACUUCGAUGAGACUCGCGAGGUGGUCACGGUGUAUGCCAUCAUGUCCAUUGAAUGGGAGGAUUUGCGCUGGGCGAAUGCAUCUCAGCAGAAGGUGGAUGAGACUUGUAGUCUCAAUGCCUGCACUUCCCAGGAGUACCUGGAUGCCCGAAAGACGGCUGCCUCAGACCUGCAGGGUAUGGUCUUGGGCCAAAGCGCAAAAGCCUUUUUUGAGGCCACCAGGGUCUAUGGCCAAUACCUGGGCCUGGUGGUCUCCGGCGAUGUGUGGACCCCCAUCCCCACGGACCUCUUUGUGAAGACGUCCGACAACCCCUUGGGGAAGACGGAGUUCGACCCGGUGAUUUACAUGCCGUCACACAAGCAUCUGGAAGCCAUUUGGGUAGACCGCCGAAAGACCAGCUUUGACGUCACCCUGUCCUAUGAGCACUACCCCUUUGACGAGCAAAUCUUGGAGCUGUGUGUGAAUUUCGACUACUGGAGCUCUCCCCAGUGGGUCCCAUGGAAGACUGGACGUGGGCAGCCCGCCUUGAAAGAUCUGGGUGAACGCUGGGACGAGCCCUCGCGGCUCUCUGACUUGGUCUCCGCCAAGUUCUUGGCCUCCCUGGAGGGUAAAGGCUUCACAGUGAUCAGCAUUCAAAUGAUGGAGGGCGCGGGGGGGCUGAACGGCAGCAAGAUCUGCAUGCAAAUUGUGGUGAUCCGGCUCAUUACGAUUUUGCUGCUGCGCUUCUUUUUGCCGUUGAGUUUUCUUCUCUUCAUCCCCUUUGCCGGAUUCUUCAUCCCCAUCGAGAUGGUGAUGCCUCGCGUGGCGACGGGAUUCAUAUCCUUCUUGUCUCUGCAGGUCUUUCGAACCAUGGCCUAUUCCCUGAUUCCGAAACCGUCGUCUUCACUGCUGUGGAUGGAUGUGGCCAUGUUCUCAGUGACGGUCAUCAUGUUCGUGAGCCUUUUGGAAAAUGUUCUAGCACAGGCCUUGCGCGCGAGCGUGUCCAGUCAAGCUGCACGCUUCGUGGACAAUCUGUCACGCGUGACCUUUCCAUUGACGGCCUUAUUGAUUCUGCUCUUGCUGUUUGUGCUGGGAGCCAGUCGGGUGGAUGCCAGCACCACGAUGGCGGUCUGUCUCACCUUGCUGUCACUUUGGCUCUUCUCUUGCAGCGUGGCGGUGGUUUUGUACUGUCGCUUCCUACCACAGAAGCUCCUGAAGACGCUGGUGAAGCUGGUGUCGGACGCCAACUUUCGCUACCACACUGCAUCCGCGUCCUUGGAUGCCAAAGAGCUUUUGAUCGUCUUCAAAGUCUUUGAUCAGGAUGGCAGAGGCCACAUCACGGCAGACAAGGUCUUCCAACAGCUUCAGGCGCACGGUUUGUCCUUCAGUGACGAGCACCGUGGCGCCGCAUUCAAGGAGCGGCUGGCAGCAGUCUUUGCUCGGCACGGUGGCACGACAUUGGAUCUCAAGGGCUUUUGCCAGCACUUUGGAGAGCUCUUCCAGUUUGCGCCUCCAAAGAAUGAUGAGGAGGAGCUUCAAUCAUCGGACCCGUCCGUCGACAGGGAGAGAUCGCAAAAAGUGGAUGUCGAUGGAGAAGGGACAGUAGAUGCCCCGGCGCACGCUCAGCGCGCAUGGAGUCCGGGCUCCAAGGGACCCUUCAACCUGCUUGCGGACUCGCGUGCGGGCACCCAGAUCUGCGGUCGAUGCUUCAAGCGCCUACAUGGAGACGCCUGGCUGAAAGAAGAAACGGCGGUGUCCCGAGAGUCCCGGCAGCGAGUCUCGCGCGGAAGACGGGUGCGAAAAGUGGCCAAGGCGGCGGAAAAAGUGACGCCUCCAAUGGCCAUGAUUGAGGGCGGCAAGGCGUGGCCAGGCCCAAGCGGCGAGUUUGUUGCGCCCCAGCGCAGCUCUCGGAGCAAGCUUCCGAAGGAUCAGUGGCCAAAGAACCACACAUUUGGCAGAUUGCGCUUCUUGGUGCGUCCUGCGGACACCCAUGAGGAUGGAUCAGAGAAGGGUGCCUUUUGCUGCCCCUGGGGCGCUACCUGGUGCGGUGGCUGUGCGGAGCCGAACCUCGAGGGCACGGCCUGCAAGCGCUGUCGCGGCGGAUGGGUCUUGGACUCGGGGCACUGCACAGCCUGCGCGGACAUGGCUUGGCAUGAUAGCGAGGGAAGGAACUGCUAUGGCGUGGCAGAAGCCUCGGCCUGUAGUGGCCAACCCUUCCACGGCCUCUCUGCCAACACCGCCUGCUGUGCUUGUGGAGGGGGCCUCCGGGUGGCCACCAGCUUCGGGUACUACACGGAGCCCAUCCUGGUCGGUGACUCUCGGGUGGUCGGGCACCCGCUGCCGCGCACCGCCGAGCGCUACUCGGUGGACAGCACCUGUCAACUCUUGAAGUUCAACCUCACCUUGGAUGGGACCACAGGCGAGUUGAAGCUGGCGCCCCAUUGCUCCACCUUCGGCUGUGGCUCGGCUGGCUUGGCGCAUCGGUUGACUGGUGGUCUGGAACUCUUGGGUGGGCUAGAUGUGAAGGCGCAUGAAGGCGAGCUGAGCACGUCAGCGAUGCUGAGAGUCUCCGGGUCGAAGUGGAUGGUUUGGGAGAGCGAGGCGCUCAUCGUGCCUUCGGGGUCCAAGAAGAUCUUCCCCGCAAGGGUCUCCGGCAUCGUGCCGGAAGCAGCCCUGGAAGGAGAGGAAGCUCAAGAUCCACCCGAUCCGCCAGAAGCUGCGCACCGAAGAACGAAAUCCAGCGAGCUCACCCUGGCCUGCUUGCCGCGCUCCUCGAGCGACUGGCUCGAGCUCUCGGAGUCUGGAGAGCUUUCGGUGUCCAACGAGCACCCAGAGGCUGUGGAGCUUCCAGGGCUCACAGACCUUGGCUUCACGGGGCUCCAGGACGCCAGCGGCAGUGUGUGCGAGGUCCAGCGGAUUGGCAACCGUACGACGGUCCUGGCGCUGGUCCCCCAGAGCUGGUCCUCGAUCCGGUACCCGUACGAGGCCGUCUCCGUGGAUCUCAACAACUCUCUACAUCCGGCACUGGAGCCGCAGGACGGCGGCCGCACGCCCGGGCGCGUGGCGCCCUCGCGCUUUUCGGCCUCCUGUGCCACCGACCAGGCGGCGAUCCGCGUCGACUUCGACGAGCUAACGGGCCUGGCCACUGCCUGGGGCUACGGCAUUUUUCAUUUGGACAUCCAGACUGGGAGCUUGCAAAUCUCGCCGGAGGCCAACUUGUCUGCGAUCUUCGACGACGUUUUGUUGGAUCAAUCUCGUGCGGCGGUCCGCUUAUCCUGCACAGUGCUGGGGCACUAUGAGUGGCAAGUGGGAGUACCUGUGGCGCCCAUCAAGGGUGAGAUCGAGAUCCUGGUGGAAGACUCCACUUGUUGGACGCCCGCGCUCCACAGCCCUCAUGGAUGGGCGGUGGUGGAGCAGAUGAAAAGCAGCGCCUCCCAGUGCCGAGCGGCCUGCCGCGCCGAUGCGACGUGCGCCGUCUACAGUUGGGCUGGGAAGUGCCAGUUCUUGUCUCCAUGUGGGCCACGCCCUGUGAACUGCCAGAGCUUUCCAACAGCCGUUGAGAAGAUUGUGGGCUGCAGCAUUGGGAGGAGCUGCGUGAACCUCACAGCCGAGACCUUUGUGUGGCGCUAUGGGGGUGUGUUUUGCCCGGUGGCCCUGGGUGAAGCCAAAGGAGGUCGACUCAGCUGGGUGUAUCAGAAGCAGAACAUGGCCACUGUGGAAGACAUCAUUUACUUGCAGGCCUCUGAGACCGAUCCAUCAGUCCGCUGCGGUGCGGGUGGCUUGCUCCUCAUCAGGAGCAACAAGUCGUGGGAUUUUGAGAAUAUGACCUCCCACUACAUCGAGCUCUUCGGAGAGCACGUGGCUUGCUUGGAGCUCUCAGGUGGUGGCAACACGAUUCAGACCGUCUUCCGCCAGGGCGAGGCGCAGCUGAAGGUGAGUCAAGCGACGGACGACGUUGGCAAGAACCUCUGCUUGAUCCUCGUGCCACAGCACUGCGAAGCCCCACGCCUUUUGUCGAACGCGCAGGCGGAGGCUGACGAAGAGGGUUUGUUGGCGGAGGCAGUGAUGAUCGACGAUCCUAGCACGUCCAUUCCCAACGACUACUCCUUGCAUCCCUGCGAUUGUUUCCCCGUCUCUUGGGGCGUCCACUCGCCGGUGACGUCGCAGAGUUUCGCCUCGGUGGUGCCGGGCAGUGGGAAUCAGUUCACCCCGGAUCUGGUGUACCUUUUGGAGGGCUCCUACAUGUGCCCACAGGCUGGCUAUUUGACGCAUAUGAGCGCGGUGGAUCUGAAUGGAUGUCAACAAGCGUGCCAGAUCACUGUCAAUUGCAGCUAUUUCUGGUUCGGUUCAGCCUCCGAAGUGCUUCAGUGUCGCCUUUACCAGACCUGCCCCAGCUUGGUGCUGCUGAAUGGCGCGUCUGGGGUGCUGGCAGCUCUGGUCAAGGGUCAAGCUUGCCAUCGAGCGAAUCCGGAGAAGUGUUGGUCUUUCAGCAAGCGGCGGGAGUUUUUGGGUGCUGGGACUGGGAGCGACCGGCAGCUGGCGACCAGCUCGGAAUGCCUCUUUCAAUCCUUGCUCGAGGAAUGUGACCUCAUGCAGCUGAUCGGUGGUCUAGGUGUUCAACAGUGCUCCAGCUGCGCCUUUGCACCGCUCAGCUGGCGCGACACCUGGACUCAGAAGCGCCGCCUGCCCGAGACGUUGCGCGGCGGCGCCCGGCUGAGCUUCACCUGCUGGGCCGAGCGCUACCGGGCGGUGCCAGAAGAGCCAGGUGUUCCGAGCGACCCCUAUGUGGCCCAGUGUGCUGGGAAGCACUGGUGGGGCGAGCCGUUCUCCGAGCCCGGGCUCCACUUCGCGUGUGGCGCAUGCGUGCAGAUCGUCCCGGUGGACUAUUCCGACUUCUUGGACCAGGACGCCCAGGAGCUGUAUUUCUUGCCAAACCUCCAGGUUCAGAUCGGGGUGGACCAGGCAAACCCGCUCAUGCUCACAGUGAAUGGCAAGCUCUUUGACGUGACCUGGGAAACACCCCCAGAGCCGCAGUUGAUGAGGUUGGAGCUGCAGUCCAGAGGUGCCGUCCUGCGGCACAAGGGAGGGACGGGCGGCUGCCUGCACUGGAUCGAUGGGAAGGUCAUUUUGAGCCCUUCCUGCCAGCUCUGGUGUCCCCGGACCUCGGUCUCUGGUUGCGUGGCAAGGGAGGACCAUGUUUUCCUAUGCGUGGGCGCUAUCGCUUGCCUUGACUGGCAAAACUCCACUUGGACAGUUCGAGAGGUGCCGGACAGCCCCAGCUGUCCCAUCUCCUUCCAGCGCAGCACAGCCUUUGCCGCUGGCCCGGACGAAGCGUCGGCAUUGCUGCAGCUGCGGCAUGGUGGCAUGGAGAGGAUCGCUGCCUGCUCUGAGGCGUGGCAAUGGCCGCCCCAGCCUCUGUUGGCGCGCUUCAGCCCGCAGUCCGCCGGUGCCAGUCAGCACGCGAACGUGAGAUGGAUCGAAAGACGGACGAUUAAGCUCCUGGAGGAAUGCUUGCAGUUCAAUGGCAACGGGAGCUUGGCGGUUGGGAGUUGCCAAGUGAACGCCUCCUUCAGCCAAGCGUCGCUCUUUGAGAGUUUGAUGGCGCAGCGCCUGGCUCAAGGUCUGUGGGUGAUCGGCGACUUCUCAGAUAGCCUUCCAGAAGUGAAGGCUGAGCAAGAAGGGUCUUUUUUCAGCAUGCUGUACUACAAAAAUUGCCUCAACUACGCGGUGAACAACUUCAGCUUCUCCGAUCCAUAUGUUUGGUGGGAAUCCGAGAAAAAGGCGCAUUAUCCGAGUUACUAUUUGGGUUGUGGGCUCUCAUCCACGAAGAAUGCCACGAAGUUUGAGCCUCCGGACCAUUUCGUUGAUCCUACCCCAGAGCUGGAGGCCUGGGGUGUCCCCAUCGUGCACUUUAUGCACGGGGCCCGCUGUGUGGACGCCGCCAGGUCUUGGUGGUCCUUCGGCGAGGUGAAAUUAAGCUUGAAAGAUUGUGAAGAGAUGAACGGGCAGCAGGCUUUCCUUUGGGCACCGGGGCAGGUGGCCUUGACCAUCGCCAAGUAUCCCUUUGGCAGGAAUUGUCUCUACUUCAGCUUGAGUGACCAGGAGGUGCAGGUGGGCAAGUGUGACUGGUUGUCGAAGAACAAUGUCCCGCUGAAGUGGUCCGAAGAUCUCAUGGCACUUUGGGCAGGAGAGUACUGUUGGCAAGCCAGCGGUGAGCUGGAGAUGGUGAAGUGCAAAGACUUGCCACUGGCGGGGGGCGGCAUCGCUCGGCAGGAGCUUCCCUGGUUUGCGAUGAACUGUCCAGCUGGUUCACUCAUCACCUCCGUGCAAACGCGGUUCUUGGAACUCACCGUCCACUAUCGAUGUAAAGAGAUGAUGUUUAUUGGUUCAUGCACAGAGUGGAUCACCCCCAACUUUGCCAGUACUGACCGCGCGAUGAUGGAAGCUCGUAUCAGCUGCCCGUCGCCGGACAUGGGCUUGCAAUCCACCUUGGCAUCCGCCCCAGCGGGCACGAUGAGCGGAGCUGCAUCGGUCAGCGUCAGGUAUCGCUGCUGUUAUACUGGCCCCUUGGUCACAUCCAUUGCACUCCAGCGUGACGCCAAGUUGUCCUGGGCGCAGAGCCGUUUCAAUGACUACAAUGGGGUCUAUUGUCCGCAGCGCCGGGACGACACUGGCCGGCUGCAAUAUGAGCAGAGUUCGAGCUUCCGACCCUCUACAACACCCAAGGGACUGCUAGCAUUCGAUGCUGUCAAAGGUCAAUGGUGCUUGGAUUGGCAGGGGCGAAGGAGGCGGCCCUUGGGCUGUGUGGACACCUACGUGGCGGAGCCCUUAGACGGAGCCGGCUUGCGGACAGACGCCGGGGGCUGGAGCACGGUAGCAGUGAGUGAUUUCAAUGCGGAGCUGGAGAAUUUGGGCAUCCAAACCGGUCGCCCACCGGCGUUUCAUCAGCAGGCUUUGGCGCCCUCCCACGUGCCCAAGCGGCCAAAGCCCAGCUUGCUGACAUUUACUUCGCAGAUCCCGGGCUUGGGCCCAGCGCCAGAGUGCAAGACACUUGUGCCUGAUUGGAGGAUGGUGGGCGAAGGUUUGAGCAAGGAGAAUCCCUGCUACUUCGUCUCAGGGGAGACCGCCGACCCAGCGGCCGAGGAGCCUGAGGUCGGAGAAGGUGCCAGCUGGACUGAAAGGACGGAUGAUGCCACCGAUGAAGGGGACACGGAUGCUGGCUUCAGCUAUGAGAAGAUCUUGGGUUGCUUUGACCGUUCGAUCAAGAGGCAGUUGAAGCUGAACCACGCAAUCAAAGAAUUCAGCAGCAACCAGCUGAUUGGCGAUACUGUGCUGGGAGUCGUGAGGGCAACCUGCGCUUGGCUUGCUUCCGUGGCUGUCGCUCCAGUGGGCUUUGGCUCCAUCGUGCAGACCGGGGAGAUUUGUCAAGCGUUGGUGGAUUCUUCUCAGGGUGUUGAGGGGUCAGUUGUGCAAUGGCAAAAAGACAGCAAGGCCGACUCAAUUUACAAGGCCGACAGUGAAGACUGUGCAGGCGACCAAGCCGCCUUUUCGCGGCUGUGGUGCGACAUCCACUGUGUGAAGGAUGCGGUCAACCAGGGAAAUCGGGCCCUUCGGAUUUCCUUGGAGAACGCUGUGAGAGUCUUGACGGGGAACAUGGAUCGAUUGACGGAGCACCAGUCACAACUGAUGGUGGACCAGUUCGAUGCCCUGCGCGCAGAUUUGUUUCCCAAUGCCGAGCUGCCAGGCGUGGAGCUCCAGCGGUUCUUGGUCUCCAAGGUCCGGUCGAUCCAGGCGCUCCUCUUUCAACCACUGGAUGCUGCGGGCCAAGAUGUGACCGGCCGUGCCGUGCGCGCUUUAAGCACCGAGCUCUCCAGCUGGACCGGCGACGGUCCGAACGUGACACACCUGCUCAACAAAGCGGAGACGGUCCACGCAGCCGUGAAGCUGACGAAGCAAAGACAUGGCCUUGGCCGACUGCAAGCGUUGACGCGAAAUAUCGGACGUGCUGCUGUGGCCAUUCAGGAUCUCGCCCGUGCCCAGAGUCAUGAGCUCGGCGUCUACAACCACAGCUCCUUUGCGUGGAAAGAGCGUCAGGAGCAGCUGUUGAAGUCCUCCGUGGAUCGCUUUGAGGGCGACGCUCUCUUCCGUGACGUGGGCAGUGUUGGUGCCUCACCAGUGCUCUUGGAGCUGGAUAGUACUUGGUGGUCCUUGAGAGCGACGUUGGAUAAGUACUUGAGCUCGGCCAAGAGAUAUGCACAGGCCAUGGGAGAGGUGGCGAGCAUGCUUCAGAGCUACACGUCAUGCUCCAUUCAGUAUGCUCCAGUGCACGGGAGCUUCUCGCACUUGAUGAAGGCAGAGAAAGAGCAUCGGAAGGCUUUGGAUGAAGCUUGGUCCUCUGCCGUGCCGAUGACUGGGCUUUUGGUCUCCAAGCUGGUGGACAGCAACGCCUUUGUGAAGUUGAGCAUUGAAGAUGCCAAGGCUGCCUAUGAGCUCCUGCAUUCUGAGAAGCAGCUCUGCAACGAGCCCGGCGAGUCUGGUGCCAAGCGAGCCGGCCAGGUGCUCAAUCAGACUUUGCAGCAGGGCUUGGUGGGGCAAACAGAGAGGCAACUGGCGACCUUGUUCCAGGAGCUUCAUCUGUUGCAGGGGCGGCUGCCCCCCUCGUCGGACGCGGAGAAUGCGGACGUGCUGCAGCAAAGCGCGCUCCGGGCGCAAUAUGCCAUCAGGGCGGCCCGACCCUUUCACCAGGCCCUGGCACAUCAAAGCCUCCGGAUGCUGUGUGACUCACGUGAGAAGUGA